CGAGGCCGGGCUGGGCCGGGCCCCGCGCACGUGACGCCGCGGGCGCCGCGAGCUGUUGGCGGGAUGGGGCCGCCGCCGCCGGUGCUGCCGGUGCUGCUGGUGCUGCCGCUGCUGGCCGCAGGUGUAGUUUUGAGGCAAUCCCAAGAACCCAAAGAGCUAUGGGGAUACGUGCAAGUGCGAAGUAAGGCCCACAUGUUCUGGUGGCUCUACUAUGCAGAUAACCCAACCAAAGACUUCACAGAGCUGCCUCUCAUCUUGUGGCUUCAGGGAGGUCCAGGAGCUUCAGGCUGUGGGUUUGGGAACUUUGAAGAAAUUGGUCCGUUAGACAAAGAAAUGAAACGAAGAAAUACAACCUGGUUGCAGGCAGCCAGUAUCUUGUUUGUGGAUAAUCCUGUGGGAACUGGAUUCAGUUAUGUGGAUGAUUGCAGCUUGUUUGCCAAAAACCUUACCACGGUAGUUUCUGAUAUGAUGGUUUUUCUUGGAGAAUUCUUCACACAUAGAACAGAAUUCCAGACCAUCCCAUUCUACAUAUUUUCCGAGUCUUAUGGAGGUAAAAUGGCUGCUGGCAUCGCUUUAGAGCUGCAUGAGGCUGUUCAAAAAGGGACCAUAAAGUGCAAUUUUAUGGGGGCUGCUCUUGGAGACUCGUGGAUUUCUCCUUUGGACUCUGUGCUGUCUUGGGGGCCCUACCUUUACAGCACUUCUCUCCUUGAUGAUAAAGGUCUAGCAGAAGUGACUGGUGUUGCCAAAGAAAUAAUGGAUGCAAUAAAUAAAAAUCAGUAUGGGCUGGCCACUGAGCUCUGGGGCAAGGCUGAAGAUAUCAUUGAAGAGAACACAGACAAUGUGAACUUUUAUAACAUCAUGACUAAGGAGGUUCCAGAAGUGAAAUCAAAUGAACAAGGAAAUCUCCAUCUCAGACUUUACCAACGCCAUGUCAGAAAUAUGCAUAAGGACAGCCUAAAUGAAUUGAUGAAUGGACCCAUCAGAAAGAAGCUAAAAAUUAUUCCUGACUGUGUGAAAUGGGGAGGUCAGUCCAUAGAAGUCUUUCAGAACAUGGCUGAGGACUUCAUGAAACCUGUCAUUGAUAUUGUUGAUCAGCUUUUGGCAGCCAAUGUCAAUGUUACGGUGUAUAACGGGCAGCUGGAUCUCAUUGUUGACACCAUGGGCCAGGAGGCUUGGAUCCGGAAACUGAAAUGGCCGAAUUUGAACCAGUUCAGCCAGCAGAGGUGGAAGGCACUCUAUGUGUCUCCAGAAUCCACUGAGACAGCUGCUUUCCACAAGGCCUAUGAGAACUUCGCUUUCUUCUGGAUUCUUAAGGCUGGGCACAUGGUACCAUCUGAUCAAGGAGAGAUGGCGCUGAAAAUGGUCAGGAUGGUGACGCAACAGCAGCAGUAGGGAAGGGGAGGCCAGCUGGCCUCGCUUCCUGCUGAAUGUCAGUGCUCUUGCAGAAUGUGAGUCCAGAGUAACAAGCCGCAGGAGGAACAACAGCUAUUUGGACCCAUAGCCUCUCUGUUUUUGCUGAUAACAUGCACAAGCAUGUAUGGAAAGGCAUUUUUUUUUUCCUUGAAUGAGUUUUUGCUUUUGAAUUUGUAAGCUGUGAUUUGCUGCCUUAACACUGUUCAUAAUGACUCUUCCAGAGGGAAGUCCACUGUCAUAAACAACUAGCCUUUGCCUUUGACUUGGAAGGAUUUUGUGCUUUUGUAAAAAAAGCUGCCCUUCCCUGAAUGCUCUUUUGCCUGUUCACACACCAAGGCUAAAACUGAUUUGAAUCCUGAUAGAUCUGUUUGUUCCUCUCUGAGAGCUAACUGUUUCAUGAGGCCAUGGAGCGUUCCUUCCUUUGUCCUCAGGCCUCUGCUUGAGUCACCUGGCUGGAUUACAAGCUGAAGACAUGGAGAUGCUAAGAUAGAGGACCUGCCCUAGAGCAGUUACAGUCCAUCUCAUCUUACUGAGCUGCCUGAGUUAGGAUCCAAGAUUCUGUGCUAUGGAGAGAGAAAAACACAGACACACGCAUGCACAGAGGAGGAUUUGAUUUUUCUCAUCUGAUCGUUAGUUUCUUAUUUUGUCUUCAGUGACCAUUACUCAAACUUUGCCUGAAGCACAUCCAGCAGGAAUUCCUGCUUUCCUGUAUGCUGAAGCAGGAGCCCUGUUAAUACCCUCUUGUACCGAAGAGAGUCCUAAUGGACAGAAGCCUCUUAAAACCUUCUGAGCUCAGCCUGGAGAGUGGAAAAGGAGAGCAUUAUCUGAGCAAUAACAGCGUAAUUCUGAAAGAUAAUAGCAGUGUUUAAAAGAAGGAUAUACAAGCUAGAACCAAUACCUUGAUCCAUGCUUUUUUUAAGUCUUGCAAAGACCUGUUCUUUUGAAACAUUUGGUUUAUAUAGUACACAGUCAAGAGGAGACUUGGUCAGGCAUCAUUUGACUUCUGCUAUGGAGCACAAAGUGAUGGUUGCUUAUUGGUGUCUGAUAGGAGGCACAAGAGCUUGUUCCAGUUGUCAGAAUCCUAAAUAAAUAGCAACACCUCAAUUACUCCAGCAACUGAAACUGUCAUGAAAUGUCUGAUAGUGUUGGCUUAGCAAGGACAGACACAAUGCUAUGUAAACACAUGCACUCACCUAGCAGCUGGAGUAUUGGCAUCUAAUAAUUGCUGCUUUGUGUUCUUUGCUUGAACUGUAUUCUUGAGAAGUUCAGCAACGCAAAUACAGAUUAUUUUUUUUAGAACAUGUUUUUUCAAUAAAUGCAGUAGGUCUAAUUCA